GGGAGCAGGGGAGCCAGCCGAGGGAAGCAUGCGGGCCUGGCUGCUGCUGCUGGCCUGGCUGCUGGCCCCCGCGCCGCCGGCCCCCGCGGCCCCCGCCUGGAGCCGGGGCGGCCGGUACGCGGUGGACUGCCCGCAGCGCUGCGAGGCCCCGUGCGCCAGCGGCCGGCGCUGCCCCCGGACGGUGCCGGACGACUGCGGCUGCUGCCGGGUCUGCGCGGCGGAGCGCGGGCACACCUGCUACCGCACCGUGGUGGGCAUGGACGGCGCCAAGUGCGGCCCGGGGCUGCGGUGCCAGCUCCUCAGCGCGGAGGACGCCUUCGGGGACGAGUACGGGGUCUGCAGAGACUGCCCCUUCGGCACCUUCGGCAUGGACUGCAGGGAGACGUGCCGCUGUCCGCUGGGCGUGUGCGACCGGGUCACCGGGAGGUGCCUGCAGCUCCCCUUCCUCCAGCACGCAGCCCCCGGGGCCGCCGACAGGGGCGCUCCCCACGCAGAGCCCGAUGCGGGGUCCGGCGACAGCAACGCCGUGACGCGGGAGCUCCGGAGCCAGCACGCCGCCCGCCCUCCCGGCACCGAGUGGUUGGGGCCACGCUGACCCCCGGCGGACGCUCCGGGCGAAGACUGUGGCCGAGCCCCCGACCCCCAGCCAACACGUAGGAACCUCCAGCUUGUAGCGUAGGGGCCCGCCCGUCCGGAGACGACACGGCUCAGGGCGGCCCGGAGACCACCGCAGGCCACUGACGCCCAUCCGACCGCACACUUAGACUUCGUCACGCACCCGAAUGCAUGUAGCUGUGCCACACGCGUGUAGAGUAGAGCUGAAGGACUGCGACGCCAUCAGGCCACGCGGGCAGGACCGCCGAGAACGCCGAGGCCGAGGUC